AUGACUGAAUUCGAAUCGACUGAAGAUCAGAAACCGACUAUGCUCGCCUCACUCGAUCAUCUUAGCCUACGGAAUUGGGCGUCGCCAUUUGAAGAGGUCGUUUCCCGGGCUAGCACACCACCCACAGCAUCUGAUGACAGUUUCCAGUCGUCCUCUGAAGACAAUCUUAGCUUGCGAAACUGGGCGCCCCUUUCACCAAAUCCAGAAACAGUGAAAUCUGCAAAGUCUCUGAGAAACUAUAGCACAAAUCCUCUGAUCCCUUCGUACAUCUGUGAUCUAUGCGAAUCUCCAAAGACCUCAGAGCUUCGAGUUGCCUACGAUGCAGCAACUUUCCAGACCACUUACUCCUAUUCUAUCAUUUGGGAUGUGGAGAUGAAUGAUGUGGAACACUAUAGAAAGGUUAUGGAGACUGUUUCGAAAAGCUCUGCCAACUCUUCAAGAUCUUCAUUUGGUUAUUUUUUUGAAGCCCGACCCGGAAUGUGUCGGUUGCUUCGAACACUUCACAACUAUGCCACCGACACCUCACAAGCUUCGCUUGCCGAUUAUAUGAUAGAACUUUCAGGACGCGCCCCAUCUCCAGUGGUUGUCAAGUGUGAUGGACCUUGCAAGAAGGAGUUCCCAUCGAACUUGCUGAGCACGAUUUGAAGAUGUGGUCAUUACCUUUGCACCGCAUGUUUCGACAUUGUGAAGAACGCGGAUGGAACAUACGGAUGCAGUUCUCAGCAAUGCUACUGGAAGGGCUCAUCUCGUCAAGAGAGUAAGAAGAACUAUGAAAAUGAUAUUUGUCGGAAGCAAAGAGCAAAGGCACUGGGUAUGAAAGAUCUUGGGAUUGAUGUGAAACCGGCUUCUUCUGCAAGCUCAAAUCCGAUCAAAGAAACAUCCGAUUCUUCGUCUGAAACUAACUGCUCUCUCUCUUCUGGACCAGUUUCCUUCAACCAUACAAUGUUGAACUCAUUGACUCCUGUCGCCGAACAUUCUGUUGCAAUCAUGAUGGUGCUUGUGGAGCCGCUCGAGGUGUACGGUAUUGUUCAUAGCUACGUAGAAAUGAGCUUCCCACUCGACACGAAUCUUGCCAAGGCUCUUGGAGUAAUGUUGCAUCGAAAGAAGAAAAUUCUCGGAGACUAUGUGGCAAAUGGAAAACUGUAUUUUGGAUUUGUGAAUGAUGAUGAAAAGAUUGGUAUGCGUCGUAUCAAGUCGAAUUAUUAUGAUAGCUUGAUGGUUGCGGAGAUUCCGAAAUUUGAUGAUCGUGUCGUCCUCAUCUUUGAUGUCGGAGAUUAUGUCGCCCGUGGGUUCAAGAUAUAUUUGAAAUGA